AUGAGAAUGCUUCUGCAUCUGAGUUUGCUGGCUCUUGGAGCUGCCUACGUUUGUGUCAUUGCUGUAGAAACUCCCAUGAAUAGACUCGUGGCAGAGACCAUGACACUGCUCUCCACUCAUCGAACUCUGCUGAUAGGUGAUGGGAACUUGAUGAUUCCUACUCCUGAACAUACAAACCACCAACUAUGCAUUGAAGAAGUCUUUCAGGGAAUAGACACGUUGAAGAAUCAAACUGCACAAGGGGAUGCCGUGGAAAAACUAUUCCAAAACUUGUCUUUAAUAAAAGAGUACAUAGACCUCCAAAAAAAGAAGUGUGGAGGAGAAAGAUGGAGAGUAAAACAAUUCCUAGAAUACCUGCAAGCUUUUCUUAAUGUGAUAAACACCGAAUGGACAACAGAAAGUUGAGACCUGUCUCACUGUAGCAAAAGAUUUUGGAGGAGGAGAAGGAUGUUUUACUACAACAAGGAUGAGGACCAACAAAGGGUGGGGCCUUAAUAUUCAGUGUAAUUAAACUUCAGAGGCAAAGUAAAUAUUUCAGGCAUACUGCUACUUUACCACCUCACACAGGCAGAAAGCAUA